AGCAGUGAGGAGAGGACGGUCUCGACGUUUAUUGUGGGGCGUGAGUCUGUGAGUGAAUGUGUUCGGCCUCCGUAGAUGCGGAACUUCAGCGCAUAACGUGAAUACGACACACAUUAACGGAGAAUCGGAGGUGAAUCUCAGCAUUCAUUGACAAGUCUUAACCACUGCAGGACUUUAACUGAGAUCGUGUGAAGUCUGUCCGACAGUAUGUACCGCUUGCGGUUGCUGACGGCUGCCACCGUCGGGAUGGUGCAGUUGUCAAGGCGACAUUACAGCGGUGCCUUCCGUCCCUAUCAGCGUCGUAGACUGAUGCUGGCUGCUCUGGUGGGGGUGACAGGCAUCUCAGCCAGUGCUGGACUACUGUGGACGAGAGCAUAUGCGGAGGCGGGGUCUUCAGUCAGGCAGGAGGAGGAGCCUCUGGAAGAUUUGGCGUCAGAGGAGGCGGACUCAGAUGGCGCAAUCGAGUCGAGUAGUGGGGAGGAGGAGGAGGCAGGUUCAGAGGAGAAGAAGAAGAAACCGAGAGUCGGCUUCCGUGACCGCAAGGUGAUGGAGUAUGAGAACAGGAUCAGAGCUUACUCCACCCCAGACAAGAUAUUUCGCUACUUCGCCACUCUGAAGAUCAUCAGCGAACACGGAGAUGCAGAGGUGUACAUGACUCCACAGGACUUUGUGCGCUCCAUCACGCCCAAUGAGAAACAGCCUGAGAACCUUGGUCUUGAUCAGUUUGUGGUGAAACGCUAUGAUGGAAAGAAGAUCACUCAGGACCGAGAGAGGUUUGCUGAUGAGGGAAGCAUCUUCUACACACUGGGAGAAUGUGGACUCAUCUCUUUCUCUGACUACAUCUUCCUCACGACCGUCCUCUCCACUCCUCAGAGGAACUUUGAGAUCGCCUUCAAAAUGUUUGACUUGAAUGGAGAUGGAGAGGUCGACCUUGAGGAGUUUGAGCAAGUUCAGAGUAUCAUUCGUUCUCAGACCAGUAUGGGGAUGAGGCACAGAGAUCGCUCCACCACAGGAAACACUCUGAAGUCCGGAGGCUGCAGUUCAGCUCUCACCACCUACUUUUUCGGUGCUGACUUGAAAGGCAAACUCACCAUAGGCAGUUUCCUGGAGUUCCAGAGAAAAUUGCAGCAUGACGUGCUUAAACUUGAGUUUGAGAGGAAUGAUCCGGUAGAUGGCAGGAUCACAGAGAAGCAGUUUGGAGGAAUGCUGUUGGCCUACAGUGGAGUUCAGUCUCGCAAACUCAAGCAGAUGCAGAAGAACCUCAAAAGAAUGUUCAAGGAUGCUCAGGGUAUCACUUUUGAAGAAGUGGAGAACUUCUUCACCUUCCUGAAGAAUGUGAAUGACGUGGACACUGCACUGAGUUUCUAUCACAUGGCGGGUGCCUCAAUAGAUAAAGCCACCAUGAAGCAGGUAGCACGCACGGUUGCCAAGGUGGAGUUGUCGGACCAUGUGUGUGACGUGGUCUUUGCACUCUUCGAUUGUGACGGUAAUGGAGAGCUGAGUAAUAAGGAAUUCAUCGCCAUCAUGAAACAGAGGCUGAUGCGUGGGCUGGAGAAACCCAAGGACAUGGGUUUCACCCGGCUUGUGCGUGCCAUGUGGAAGUGUGCCCAGGACACCGCCUGGGACUUUGCCAUGCCUAAACAGCAGUAAUGCUUGGAGAGUUGUCCUCUGAUGGAGUUUAAUUAAUCAUUAAAAAAUGAACUAGUGUGGCACAUCUGAUACACGUAUGCUACAAUAACCAGUGCUCGUGCAUUCAGUGCUUCUGUGCCACGUUUAAGACCCCCACCAACAACUAUUUAGCAUUAAGACAAAAAAGUUUGGUUAUCUUGUAUUUAUUUGUCGAUGUUUUAACAAUUUUUCAGUUGCACAAUUCUACACACACUAGAAUUUGAAUGUGGCAUCAAAACGGCAAGAAUGACAGUGGAAAGCAAUACUCAAUAAAUGUUCUGUCCUGUAGCCAGUGCCAUGAGUUUCUUUUCUUUAGGUUAUUUGUAUGAUUUCCAUAUUUGAUUUAAAACACUUGCUUUCACUGUUUAAGCAAAAAGCUCAAAUGUGAGAAGGUCGAUUUUUACACCUUUUUUCUCAAAAGUAUCCAGAUGUCCCAGAAGCAGAUUAUUAGCUUCCAACUGACUUUCAACAAGCAAUUUCCAUUGUACUAUGAACCGCAUUAAUAUUUUGAAAAUCUUAUUGAAUUACAUUUAUAAGGAUGUUGAAAGAGCGAUACUAUUAAAUGAUUUUUACAUUA